ACAGUUUAAAUAGGAAUUUUGAUAGUAUUUUUUGUAUUCUUUAUCGUCUGGUUUCUCUGUACCUGUAUUUAGAUUAUAUAUUAUACAUCAGAAAACCUCAUACGAAACCUUUUUCCAUCCCACUUUCAUCGGACGCUAUCGCGUGAAUUCCACCCAAAAGAAUUUUAUCUUCACUUGUGUAUAUUAAAUCCUCACCCCAAUUCAAUCGGAGGGUAAUCGCUAGACCGUCACUAAUUUAUGCCAACCGUUGGGAUUCAUUGGUGAUUGUGGCAAGAUAGUCAAUAAUUCUUUAUUUGAAGCCUUAUUACUCCAAGAUUUUAGGACUGUUCUGAAUUGUGUUUAGUAAAUGCUCGUGACGCGUUGCCAUCAGAUAUGCUAUAAAGUCAACUAAAGAUACUGUGUCAUUCAUUUUGCUAAAUCCAGUCUGUUAUAAGACUCUGAUCCUGCCUUUAUAAGAUUCUGAAGCUGCAAGUAAAAGACAAAACAUCACUCCCUUUUAGUGUAAUAUAUCACAGUGCAAAUAGAUGGCUAGUAGGAAAAGAAGCUUAUCAAAUGAUUCAGAUGUGUCUGCUCUAUACAAGGAAUGGGAUGAAGCUUCAUGUCCCAUAUGCAUGGACCACCCACACAAUGCUGUUCUUCUCAUUUGCAGUUCCCACGACAAGGGCUGCCGCUCAUACAUAUGUGAUACUAGUUACAGGCAUUCAAAUUGCUUGGAUCGAUUUAAAAAACUCAAAGAAGAAAAUGCAGACAGCUUGUCUGCACCCAGUCUGACACCAGGAAGCAAUCAUGAUUCUAUUGACACUUCGGUUGAUGUUGCUGGGAGUCAUAUAGAUCACACUCUGAUUGGAAGUAACUCUGCAGUAAAUGUUGGCGUGCCAGGAGGAUCUGGAGGAAGCAGCACGCAAGAUGCAAACUUUGUUAUCGAGGAACAAGAAAUGACGUUGCUUGAUUUUGGAGAAACUAAUAUGGAGAAGUCGGAAGAUGGGUCGAAUCUGAGAUGCCCUUUAUGCCGUGGGAGUGUUUUGGGCUGGAAAGUUGUGGAAGAGGCCAGAAAGUACCUCAACCUGAAGUCCCGAAGCUGCUCCCGUGAUUCAUGUUCAUUCUACGGCAACUACAGGGAGUUGCGUAGGCAUGCUAGAAGAGUUCACCCGACUGUGCGCCCAGGUGACAUCGACCCAUCAAGACAAAGAGCGUGGCGUCGCCUUGAGGACCAGAGAGAGUACAAUGAUAUUGUCAGUGCCAUUCACUCGGCCAUGCCGGGUGCAGUUGUACUUGGCGACUAUGUGAUCGAGAAUGGAGAUAGGCUGUCAGUUGAACGAGAUAGGGGGGGAGGAGGUGGUGGUGGUGAAGGUGGCCGCUGGCUAAGCACCUUCUUCUUGUUUCAGAUGAUCGGCUCGAUGGACCCAGGAGGCGAACUAAGAGGAGGCAGGUCUAGAGUGUUGCCAAGGCAUCGUCGAGCUAAUGGGACCUUCUCCAGACGCCGGUAUCUGUGGGGUGAAAACUUACUGGGUCUCCAGAACGAUGAGGAUGAAGAGGAGGAGGAGGAGGAAGAGGAUGAUGAACCAGACCUGAACAUACUAAGCGAUCUUGGCGAUGAUGUUCCUCCAAACCCAAGGAGGCGCCGGAGACUGACACGUGCUCAGUCAGACGAAGAUCAGCAAUAGGCUAUAGCUGGAAGAAUCUGAUUACCUCUUCAAGAAGAGAAGUUUGGCAUGAGGCCAAGAAACCAGUUUCGGAGUCUGGCUAGAGAGAGAUAUGCAGGACAUAUUUCUCCAGAAUUUGAUGCAGGUGGCCUUUCCUUCACAGGAAGUGGAAACAAUAAUGAUUUAACACCUGCUUAGUUUCAGUGUUGUAGCUCUAGAAAUCUGAAAUCUUUGUUGAUUUGUGUCUAUCUCUGGACUUGUAUCAUAUCAAAUGACUACUACUUAUCCCUCUUUUACUCUCUAUUCAUUCCUUUCCUUUAAUUUCAACAUCAUCAGUGAUUCUUCAA